AUGGCCAGCCGCAGAGGGACGGUCAUCUGGGCUCUGUGCUUCCUGCUCCUUCUCCUGGAAGCCGGGUCUGCCAAGAAUAUCUGGAAGCGGGCACUGCAUGCAAGGCUGGCUGAGAAGUCCCGCGCCGACUCCGAGUGCCCGCGCCACCGGCGCUGCUGCUACAACGGCUGCGCCUACGCCUGCCUGGAGGCCGUGCCGCCCCCGCCAGUUUUAGACUGGCUGGUGCAGCCGAAACCUCGCUGGCUUGGUGGCAACGGCUGGCUCCUGGAUGGCCCUGAGGAGGUUCUGCAAGAGGCUUGCAGCACCACUGAGGACGGGGCAGAGCCGCUGCUCUGUCCCUCGGGCUAUGAGUGCCACAUCUUGAGCCCUGGUGACAUGGCCGAGGGCAUCCCCAACCGUGGGCAGUGCGUCAAGCAGCGCCGGCAAGCAGAUGGUCGAUUCCUACGACAUAAAUUUUACAAAGAAUAUCCAGAGGGUGACUUGAAGAAUGUGGCAGAGCCUGGGAAGGGACAACAGAGGCACUUUCAAUAAAGCAGCAACAGGCAGCCAAUUUGCAAGAAAACUCCUCCACUUCCUGCUAAGCCUUGGAAACAGUUGGGAAAAAUGAUUGGACCCCCCAGAGAUCAUGCUCAGCUCAGCAGAGCAUGGUCCCGGAGAUCCUUAGAGACAGGACACUGGGCUUCAGUCCCAACAUGGCCCUAGGAUGGGUGACUUUGUAGGAGCCACCGAGCAGCUCUGGGUCCCUAUUUCACCAUCCUGGAAACAAAGCCUUGCAGUGCCACAAGAUCUUUACCCUGGGAAGAAGGCACCGCCUUCGUGAGCAUUUUUGAAGCCGUUUUCUAAGACAAUUCAGCAUCUUGGUUGUUUUUUUACAGAUUUCAUCCG